CAGCCCCACCCUCAAAACCCCAUCGGCCUCUCUCUCGCCGGCGUCACGCUCCCAUACCCAUGCUGCGACAUCACUUAUAAUCCCAGCGCUCCACCCUCCUCUUUCGCCCUCUUCACCUUCUCGCACCUCUCUCUCUCGCCCUCUUCACCUUCUCGCACCUCUCUCUCUCUCUCGCCCUUCCUGGCAUCUCUCCGCUUCUCCGCUCUCUCCGCCCCUCUUCGCUCGCCCGCCAUGCUCUUCCUGCCUCUGGCCUUCAUGUUCCUCGGCACCUUUCUGCUCGGGCAGCUGCCUCUGCUGCUCCCGCUCUCUUCCGCCGCCUCGCGCGUGCUCGAGGUCCUCGGCGCCGGCCUCCUCUGCGGCGCAGCCAUGACCGUCGUCAUUCCCGAGGGCACGGCGGCGCUCUUUCGCGCGCAGAGCAAGCUGGCCGCCGGCGCCCAUGCGCACGCGACGGCGAGCACAGGCGCAGGCGGAGCGGUGAGAGGCGGCAUGAUGGUGCUGAUGAGGCGCCACGAGGAGCACGAGGAGCAUGGGCACGCAGAGCCGCGGUGGAACGCCGAGACGCUGCUCGGCGCGACGCUGCUCGCGGGCUUCUUGGUCAUGUUUGUCAUCGAUCAGAUCACCUCGCCCACCUCCGGACACGACACGCAUGGGCAUCACCACGGCGCCGGGCACGCGCAUGCUCGCCUCAGUCGUUCGUUCUCCUCGCACGCUCCGCACGGGCACUCGCACUCGCACGUCUCGGGCCACUCGCACAGCGCCACGACCGAGUCGGGCAGCUCGAGCAGCUCGGAGGAUCUCGCGGAGACGGGACAUGGAAAUGGCGGGAGCAGGACAGAGGCACUGCGUCUGGUGCGCAGCGGGAGUGCCUCUGGCUCGGCGUCCAGUCUCGGCGAGCGCUACAAACCCUCCUCCCCUUCCGGCGUGCGCGAAGCCAGCGCCGCAGUGAUGGAGACGCGUCGGGAGCCUCAACCUCAAGGCAUGAAGGCGGCAUUUGCCAGUGUGGCAGGCCUCGUCAUCCACGCCGCGGCGGAUGGCAUUGCGAUGGGAGCAUCGGCACGCUCGGAUGACGAGAGCUUGAAGAUUGUCGUGUGGCUGGCCAUUAUGAUACACAAGGCUCCAGCGGCAUUCGGUCUCUGCACCCUCCUCAUGGCGCAGCACGUCGCGCGCUCCGACAUUCGACGAGCCGUGUUCAUUUUCGCAUUGAGUACUCCACUCGGCGCUCUGCUCACCUACUUUCUCCUCUCCUACGUCUUCUCCGGCAGCGUCAACGAGUCGCAAAUAGGCUGUGCGCUCACCUUUUCCGGCGGCACCUUUCUCUUCGUCGCCAUGCAUGCCGUCGGCGCCACUUCCUCCUCCGACGCCGACGUCGCCACUCCGCCCGCUCCACCUGCUGCCUCCUCCGCCGUCGGCGGCAGCGAGCGCGAUGUGGAGAGCCAGCCUCCGAGUGCGGCGGUGCAACAUCGACCGAAGUACGUGCUGGGCAAGUCGGGCAGGAUUGCAGUGCUGCUCAUGGGCAGUAUGCUGCCGAGGACACUGCAGAGUCUCGUGGGCCAUGGUCAUUGAGUCUUCUUCCGAGCGUCGUGCGAGCGAACAGAUCUUAUGCUUCGUGUCCCACGUGGCUUGUUUCGGCUUUGUGUGCGACACAAGAUCUUCUUGACAGAGAGCAGAAGGCAAGCCGUCACGCUCCAGGUCAGCUUUGGCCACUCCCCCGCUUCGACCACACAGAUUCGCUCGCUCCUUUGCGCUCGCUCCUUUGUUGGCACUCGCUUGCGCUGCUUGCACAACGCCUCGCUCGUCAGGCCCGGCCCGGUGACAGCAGAACGCAUGAUAGAUCAGAUGACAUUCAGGCUCUCCCACGCUUGCCUCCCCUUCCUGCCGCUCCUCCUCUGCCUCCACGUCCCCUCGUCUUGCCACCCCUGCUCCCCUCGAU